UUACCAACGUCCAUAUGGCAACACUGCACAGAAGUCGGCACUUGACAUAUGUCAUGUAAACAUUUCAUUUUCAAACACAAUACUAAAAAUUUUUAGUAUUUUAAUCAAAAUGAGUAACAACAAAUACGUCCAAGUGGCAGGCAGUAAUGCUGGCAUAACCAGCAGCGAUAAAGUAGUUCAGGAUAUUCUAAACACAUUCACAGAUUUGCGGCAUUACUCUCGAGAAAUUGAAAAUGAACUCAAGAAUACAGAAAACCAGUCCAUAAAAGUGUACAUCAAGGAGAGUGAAAACAUUAGCAAUCUUCAUUCGAGAAUUACGGCAUGCGAUUCUAUUUUGGAACGAAUGGAAAAUAUGUUGCUAGCUUUUCAGAAUGACCUAGGAAGCAUUAGCAGUGAAAUUCUCACCCUCCAGCGAAAAUCCAUUUCAAUGAGCCAAGAGCUGACCAACCGACAAGCCAUUAGAGGUCAGCUUAGUCAAUUCAUAGAUGACAUUUCCGUUCCAGAAACAUUAAUAGUCGCUAUUAUGGACUUGCCUGUCACGGAUAAGGAGUUUUUAUCCCAGCUUCAACUUUUAAAUCACAAAAUAGGGUUCAUUAAAGAGCAGAGUUUUAAGGACACAAAAUCGUGCCACGACGUGAAGGACGUCUUGGAAAAAUUGAGAAUUAAGGCAAUGUCAAAAAUUCGCGCAUAUUUAUUAGAGCAAAUAUCAAAAUUUCGAAAACCAAUGACAAAUUAUCAAAUUCCGCAAAACACGUUGCUGAAAUUUAAAGGUCAUUAUGAAUUUCUGUUAAUGAAUGAGAGAAAUAUAGCCGAGGAGAUUUGUAAUGAAUAUAUUGACACCAUGAGCAAGAUAUAUUACUCCUAUUUUAAGUCCUACGAGGGAAGAUUGACUAAGUUGAUGUAUGAAGAAAGUAUUACCAAAGAUGAUUUGAUGGGUAUCGAAGAUACAGCGACCAGAAAUCUUUUUAACAAGUCACUUAAACAUAAGGCAACGGUAUUCACUAUAGGUAACAGGGGGGAUGUUCUAGCACAACAAUUGGAGGCCCCCAUUAUAGUUCCCCAUGCCGAAACCAAAAAUCGGUAUCCAUUCGAAGCUCUGUUUAGAAGUGUGCAAUACGCAUUAGUAGAUAACGCUUGCCGUGAAUAUUUAUUUGUCAGCGAAUACUUUAUGGUGCAAAAUCAAGCCGCUAUGAAUUUGUUUAACAAAAUUUUAGGGAAAACACUCAACCUCUUACAGAGAAAUAUCGAGAGCUAUAUUGCUACCAGCUUCGAUUCGAUCGCGAUUUUUUUGUGUUUUCACCUGGUUCUGCGUUACAAAAUUAUGUGUCAUAAGAGGUGCGUACCUGCCUUAGACUACUAUUGGGAGUCGCUGGAAAAAAUUCUUCUGCCUCGAUUCGAGCAUAUAGUCAGGCUAAAUAUCAACAGCAUAAGGGACUGCGACGUAACGAAGUUUAACUUGGAAAAAGGCCCCCAUUAUAUUGCAAGGAGGUACGCGGAAUUUAGCGCGGCCGUCGUUAGUAUUAGCGAAAAUUUCCCCAACGAAAUUAUCAACAAGUUAUUGGCGGAACUGCAGGAGGAAGUGGAAAUGUUUAUAUUUCGAAUGGCGGGCGUGUUUACCGAAAGAAAGGAUCAGCUGAUAUUUCUCAUCAACAACUACGACAUGAUCUUGAACAUAAUCAUGGAAAGGACUAGGGAUAACUGUAAGGAAGCGGAAACGUUCAAGUCGAGGUUAGCGGCCAAAAGCGGAGAAUACGCGGAGCAGAUUUUGUUCCCCCAUUUCGGCGAGAUGAUACAAUACGUGAAAGAGUGCGAGCAUUAUUUCGAAACGUCGAAAUUGAAAGAGCUGAAAAAUAUGGAGAUCAAUUCCCCAGAUAUCGUUCGAAAUUUUUCCGCAAACUGGAAAAAAUCUCUGGAGGAUUUGAACCGCGAAGUCCUCCUGUCGUUUCCUAACCUCGUUACCGGCGCCAGUCUCUUGCAACUGGCUUUGACCCAACUGGUUCAGUAUUAUCACAGGUUUCAUAAAUUAUUGCCCCCCAACGUCAGGUCUCAGCUAGUUAAUAUUCAUCACAUUAUGGUGGAAAUGAAAAAAUAUAAAACUAAUUUUUAAAUUUAAUAAAUUUUAGCAACUUCUCGUAUUUUCUUUUGACUUUAUA